AUGGAUUUCGACGAUAUCCUCAAAGAAUUCGAGGCGUCCAAACGACCGGGCCACAACGAAGACGAGCUACGCGCCGAGGACCUCCAGCGGCUGUCGACCGCGUGGAUCAAUGAGCGAAUGGUCCCGGAACUGUUGCCGUAUGAAAACGAACUGAUAGAUCGCGUGCUGAUACGGAUCCGCAAACAGGUCGAACAGAUCGAGCUGAACUCCAUUGAACUCCAGACCCACGAAAAAGAAAUCAAGCUACGGCUCGUGGUGGUGGAAUCGGAGCUCGACAGAGUCCAGUUUCUCAUCAGAUCGUACACCCGAACACGUCUUCAAAAGAUCGACAAAUACUCGCUUUACAUCCGCUCAAACGACACAGAAUCCGCCAAACUCAGCAACAACGAGCUCACGUACAUGGAAAGACACCUCGAGCUUCUUCUGGAGCUGUACAACUCGCAGUUUCUGAAAAACCUUCCCGAGUCGCUACAGGCUAUAGACGAGACCGGGGGUGGAGUGUCAAUGAUCGAGGAGCCGGACCUGGACCGUCCGGUGUUUGUGAAAGCGCUUGCAGAUAACGUCGUGGAUGUGGACGAUGAGGAGGUCGAGCUCACCACAAACGGGAUCUACGUGCUACGGUACCGCGCAGUGAUGGACCUGGUCAAAGUUGGCGAUGUACGGGUGUUGUGA